GUGAAUGUUGUCGAUUUGUUUAAGGAAUUAAGCAUAAAGCACACGGGUAUAGAACCAACCUCGGGCACCAACAUGCCUGCUACAUUUACUCAUAUAUCUAAUGGUUACGAUGCUCAAUACUACGGCUAUCUGUGGAGCGAGGUGUUUAGCGCUGACCUCUUCGAAUCCCGCUUUCGUAAUGCUCCUGAUAGGGGUUGCCUAAGUCCCACCGUCUGUAGGGAGUAUCGAGAGAAGAUUCUUGCACCCGGUGGUUCGCGUGAUGCUGCAGACAUGUUGCGCUAG